AAAAGUUCAUACGUGUACAGGUUAUGAUGUUUAAAAUAUUUGAUUUAAACUUUUCGCACGAAUUGGAUUUUAUUACGAAAAAGUAUUGUAAAAUUUAAUUGCGGCUUCCGUAAUGGGUAAAGCGGUUAGCAAAAAUUUGGAACUGGCCACAAACGAAUACUGUUUAAAGUUCGUCGGAACGGACCCCAUUUCCAAAAAUGAUCCCUUUUGGAAUAGAUUUCUAGCGUACAAUUUAAUACCGCCGAUAAAAACAGACGAUCAACUAUCGUUAGAAUCGAGAAUCGAACCGUUGUGCAAGGAACUGUUGAAAAACAAUUUAACCACCGGGAACUUCAGCGCUCUAAUUCAGAUAUUCCUGGAUAGAUCCACCGAACUACUUUCAGCGACGAGUGCAGAAGCAAACCUUUUCAACUGGCAGCUCUUCAAUACGUUGUUUACUAUAAGAUGCGUGUUGAAAUUCAUGACCGAACUACUUACCGAAGACGAACUAAUCAAACACAUCGGUUCGAACGGAAGCAUAAACUUGUUAGAAUCCUUCAUCGGUACUCUAGUAGGAAUAUUAGUAGACGUACCGCUCGAAGAUUCCACGUAUCUGAUCCAUUUGGAAUCAGUAACUUGCCUUCUGAUCUGCCUCUCGAUCCAGUACCACGCGGACGGUAGAUCAGAUCAAAGCGUGAUAUACAGAUUAGUGAUGAGCGGAAAGCACGUAAUCCACGCCCCUGUUCUAGUCAAAUGUUUGCUAUCAAAUUUUAUAAAGCAGCAGAAAUUGCCCGCUGGAUUUUCCGGCGGAGACGGUCACAGCAUCGUACUCGACUUGGCUUCCAACAUUUGGUCGGUGUUGACCUUUUCGAGAACUCCCGCGGAGGAGAGCACGGAUUUCGAGGAUAUUUCCUAUCAGGACGCGCCGUUGGCCACGCAAAGUUUGCUGUUGCUGUUAGUAUUAGUCCACCAUUGGACCACCAGAUUGAAUCCUUAUAGAAGUUCUUUGUUCUCGUGUCUCGACAGUCAAGAUACGAAUCCCGUACAACCGACCAAAGUAUCCAGUUUAUUUAAGAUAGAUUUUAAUCAACUGUAUUUAGCGUUGUGCAAAAAAGCUUCGGGCGAUGCGGCCACGUUACUUUUAUACUUGCUGUUGCAUCGAAAUCAAUCGUUCAAAUCGUACGUUCUACGACGAGUAGACUUAGAUCUCUUGAUCGUUCCCAUUUUGAAAAGCCUAUACAACGCGCCCAACAGUAACUCCCAUCACAUUUACAUGUCGCUGAUUAUCUUGCUUAUUCUCAGCGAGGACGACGUUUUCAACGGAGCCAUACACGAUUUAAAAUUGAAGAACGUGUCGUGGUACGUGGAACGAGGCCUGGCCGAUAUUUCGCUGGGCGGUUUGCUCAUAUUGAUCGUGAUAAGAACCGUGCAGUAUAACAUGCUGAAAAUGCGAGACAAGUACUUGCACACGAAUUGCCUGGCGGCGCUGGCGAACAUGUCGGCCCACUUCAGGAACCUGCACCCGUACGUAUGCCAAAGGCUGGUGUCGCUGUUCGAAACGCUCGCUAAAAAAUACAACCGCUUAGUGGCAAGACUGAAAACUGAGAGCGCUCAGAAAGACAAUAACGUAGCUGUAGCUGUAGAGGUCGAACAGGAAUCGAGCGAUGUAGAGCAAGACGUUUCGGUUUUGGAGGAAGUAUUGCGAAUGGUACUGGAAAUAUUGAAUUCCUGCUUGACGACGCAACUGGGCAACAAUCCGAAUUUGAUUUACACGAUGUUGUACAACAGGAGCAUGUUCGAGGCGUUCAAAGACACCGUGGUGUUUCAGGAUAUCAUUCACAACAUCGAUAUUAUACUGAAGUAUUUCUCGCGAUUGUUGCAAGAGAAAUCCCUCGAACACGAAGUGGACGCCCAUCAAGUACUACUUAUCAUUCAACAGGGCGUCAGGGGUUGGCCAAAAGAGAAACUAACGAAAUUUCCCGAUUUGAAGUUCAAGUACGUAGAAGAAGACCAGCCGGAAGAUUUUUUCAUUCCAUACAUUUGGGCCCUCGUCGGCCAGCAAUCUAUAUUGCAUUGGUUAAAUAACGAUGCCGCCCCCUCGUUGGUGGUGGUUUAGAACGCUAUUAUUGUACAUAAUUAGAUAAUUUUAACGAAACUUAUUUAUACGAAUUAAUUGUUA